AUGGUUUUCGAAAUUAAAUGAACUUGAAAUCUUGGUCAUUGCAUAAUUCAUGAACAGUAUGUGUUUUACUGAACAAAUAACUAUUUUCAUGUGAUAAUUAUAAUAUAUUUAGUCAGAACAGAGUUUUACAAACAUUCUUCAAUCAUGCCAUGGAGGAGAUUUUUUGGGGCGUUUAUGAAUGAUCCAAGAAUAAUUCAGAAGCUUGCUGACAGUUGGCCUAUGCGGCGGGCAGCAAAGUCUGCUGUUUCCAUGUAUUUGAGAGGCAAAAAUCACUUUAAAGAUGCAGUAGACCAAAGCAAGAUGAAGUCAGGUGCUAAUACAUCCAUCGGUCGAUUUACAAGUACAUUUUCUGAGGAGGUAAAAAAGGGUAUGAAAGAUGUUUCAAAGCCACAAGGAACUAUUAAAGGCACAAGGACUUCUAAGAGACAAGGGAAAAGAUGAGGAAGAAGUAGAAACUAGGGACUUCUUGACAUUUGAACAGUUCCUAUGGAGAGUGUUGUUAGCAAACUGUGAUACAUUCUUGGCAAAAUUGAAUUAACAGUUGAAAAUGAGUUUCAGGGAAUUAUGGGACAUUUUUGGUACUUGUCAUUUGAAUGUAUGAAGAGUGGAGAUAUAAAAUACCUACUAGACAUUUUUAGUGUGUUUAAAACACAUCAAAAUAUGUUUAUAUAUACAGUCAUCAAAAUCAUACUUUUGAAUAAAUAAGCCCUAACUCUUCCAUUAGUGUUUGGCAUUAAAAAAAUAACAAGUCUAGCUAUAUAUUAUCCAGAAUUUGAACAAGCUCAAAAAGCAUUUAACCAGUUGAAGGCUUGUGUUAAUUUCAAUCACUGUUUAUACCUUCAUGGUUCUGAUAAUCUGGGGGGGGGGGGGGGGGGGUUCUUCAUGAACUAACUUGUAUUAAUGUAACCAGAUACAUGUAUGUUUGGAACAGGAAGUCAUGAAUCAAAUUUUGGCGUAUAAAAUUGUAGUUAAUGACUAUAUAUUAGUAAUAUGGAGAAGAAAAAAAAAGUGUGAAGUCCUUUUAUAACCAUUUGUUUCUUUUACAGUGGAGGAAAUUGAAAAAUUUGGAAUAAAGGGGAUUUCUCUCCAGUGCUCUUGAUCUUGUGUCAACGUUUUGCUCGGUCUGAAAACAAAAUGCCCAUUUAAUAAAAAGUGUUCACCGCCUAAGGAUAUUUUCUCUAUGGGCAAUCUAAACUAGAAAGAUAGAUCUGAAAUUCUCUCUUCCUAUCAAUUUUUCUAGUACACAACCUUGGUCCAUAGACUUAAUAUCAGUAUCCCAAGGACAAUUAAACUAAGGUUUGUGAACAAUCGCAUGUUGUUCUGGGAUCGGGUAAUAAAUUGACACAAGAUUCCUGAUCGGUAAACACUGUAGGGAAUUCCCUUAUAUCAAUCUGGAAUUUCCUCCACAGUUUUAUCCUGUUCACCAAAGAAAAAACUAUUAAAAGUAUUGUUGUAUAAGAAAAAGACAAUAGAAUAUAUUAAAAGAUGUAUUUAAUAAGUUUUGAAGUAAAGCAAUGUAAUUUUAUCUUUAAAUUAUAAAUAUACAGACUACACAGGAUAUGAAAUAGUUAUGGAGUCUUCAAAUUGUUAUAUGUAUGCAUUUUAAAAAUACUUUGUUGCUGCUGAAUAGUCAAUUCAUAUGUUACACUUUCAUUUCAUUAGCCUGUCUGUUUUCCAUAGAAAUGAGUCUAUGUAUUGUCAUAGCUUUGGUCAGGUGUCUUUAAUGUCAGCGUUCUUGAAAUGCAAAAGAAAUAACCUUGCCUAUAACUCAAAAGACAUACAAAAUUGAAGAUAUUCAAAUAAAACUUAGAACACAUGUUUAUCAGAGAGACAAUGUGAACAUAUACAGCAAGGCCCAUGACUGAGACUUAAAAAUGUUUGAGUUAUGCCCCAUUUUAAAAUAUAAAGAAAACAAUAGAUGAGCAUGGGAAUUCUUUCAAUGACACUCUUGUUUCCCCUUUGUUAGAAUGUUUUAAUAUAUGGAAAUACAGACUGUCAAGGCAAAGUGACUGAAGAUACUUUCAAAGAAACAUGUACAUGUAUGUAUACUAGUGUGUAUGAAAUGAUAGAAAACGCAAAUUUCAAUUUUUAUUUUCUGUUAUUGACAAUAAAUCAAUAAACAUGAA